CCACUUGGGUGCGAAUUUACAAAUUGGAAUUACAAUUAUAGGGGAAUUAGGGAACGCUAUACCUUAUCUUAUGGACAGUAUGGAUAGUGUGACCCUGGUAGCUUGCACAGGAUAGGAGAAAAUGGCUAAUUCAGGGAAGCAUGCAAAUAGUCCCUCCAAAUUUCUUCUACCAAUUGCUGUUCCAUUCAUCUCAAGGAUCCCAACAUCGUCACCAACACCAACACCAACACCAGUACUUUCAAUGAAAAAAGCUGUGGAAGGAUGUCAACAUUUUCUAAAUUUGAUAGAAUCUGCAUUGAUUGAAUGCAGGCAAACCAUUAACAGAACAGUGAACAGCUUAACAUCGAACAAUCCACUUGUCGAAAGGCUCAUAUGUCUCUCCAAUCAAUACAAAAAUAUCUUCCAGGCACACCCAUUUAGAACCCAUUUGCAAAGAAUGAGGCAAACAGAUUCUCUCUCGUCAUAUAAUUUUGCAGCUAUAUUGCCUGGUGACUCAGUGGCGGAAAUGGUGGUGACAAAUGGGCUUUCUAAUUUUCUCAACAUCUAUAACACUCUACUGAUAACAAGGCUGGUCUUAACCUGGUUUCCUAAUUCUCCACCAGCAAUUGUGAACCCCUUAAGCACACUUUGUGACCCAUAUCUGAAUAUCUUCAGAGGUGUUAUUCCUCCUCUUGGUGGACUGGACUUGUCUCCAAUUCUUGCAUUCUUUUUGCUAAAUGCUUUGACCAAUGCGGCUGCAGCUCUUCCAGCUGAGUUGCCCAAGGGCAUGGAAAGCACGCAGGAGUUAGCCUCAAUACCUAUUCAAUCUUCCAGUGUCACUGCAAAACAGAAGUUGUGGUUGAAAAGGCAAUGCAGUUCCUCUGAUGUUCAAAGGAAAGAUGGUCAUAGUAAGUAAAUUGUGGGCAUUGGAAAAUUGUUAGAGCAGUUGAGCACUAGAGAGAGGAUUUAAUUGUUCUAAUACAUUCAUUAUGUGAAUUUGAGUUUCGGAAUUAGUGCCGUUAUGGCUUUUGUUCAUAUGCAGAAUCAAUGGUUUGUUACAUCAAGCUUACCAUUUUGUCUCUGCCUGUUCCCCAUGAUAUUGAAAUUGAAAUUGAAAUUGAAACUGUGUAACCAUUUAGUUGGUUCAAAAAAAUAAUUUAUUCUAGUAGUUCAAUUUUCUCA